AUGGGUGAUGGGAAUGGUGCCCCCAGGGGUUGCGACGUGAGAUUGGCAAAAGCGCAGAUCCAAGCAGGUGCUUCCUGGGGCCGUUGCAGUGACCUAGUGCAGUCAUCGCCUGUCCCCGGGGGAGGCGGGUGUGGCGAGAAGUCAGCCCACUGUGACACGCGCAUUUCCACAGGUCUCGUUUGGCUGGUUCCGUGGCGUGAAGUCCGUGUCCAGAGUACGAAGAGCGGCCUGCGAUGGGGUGAGAACCGUGCCCCUUUGGGGAAGACCCACUGGGCCGCGCCGGAGGCCAGCCUGGGGCCGGGGCGCGUGGAGGGCGAGGAGGCCCGCAGGCCCUGGGCGGAGGGCGCGGCCGCGCUGCGGCGCCUGCGCAGCCUGGUGUUCUCGGAGACGGGGGACGUGUUGCUGGUGCGCCUGCUGAUGGCCCUGGCGGCCAUGCUGUACUACAGCAACUUCGUCUUGGCCCUGGAGGAGCGUUUCGGGGUGCGGCCCAGGGUGACGGGCCACCUCAUCAGCUACGGCAGCGCCCUGGGGGCCCUGGCCGGCCCGGCCCUGGGGCCGCUCCUGCGGCUGCACGGGCACAGCGCCCCCCGGCUGCUGCUGCGCUCCAGCGCGCUCACCUGCCUGCUGCCGCUGCUCUUCGCCUCGGCCCCUACCCUGGGCGCCGCCGCCGUCCCCUCCGUGCUGCUGUCCUUCUCCACGGCCGUGGGCCGGACGUGCGUCACGGACCUCCAGCUGGCUGCCGGCGGGGCCCAGGCCAGGGGCGCCCUCCUAGGCGUGGGGCAGUCCGUGACGGCCGUGGCCCGGGUCGUGGCCCCCCUCCUCUCCGGAGUUGCCCAGGAGUUCAGCCCUUGCGGCCCCCCCAGCCUGGGGGCUGCGUUAGCGCUGGUGGCUGUUUUCCUAAUGCUGCUGAACAGACCUCGCUAUGGUGGGGACGGGAGCGGCGGAUUAAAAAGCGAAUAGAGUGGAUUUGGACAACACAAGCGAAACCCGAGGGUGUGAGAGGGGCCAGGCCGGGCGAGAGGGUGCUUGGGAAGGAAGGGUGAGUGUCUACGAGACAUUUCCAUGCGGGUUCCUCCAGGCCAGCCUCCAGCUCCGCGCCCAGGCCUGUGGCAUGAUCGGAGCCCAUCAGGGGACAGGAAAUCAUGGAUGGGAUAAGAACCUGUGCAAGAAGGCAGAGACCCAAGGGUUCCCUCCUCAAUAAAAGCAGACU